GAUCACUGCGCGCCGCAGAGCGCAAAGGAUCUGAGGAGCUCAGGUUUGAACGCGCUGGAGAGAUCUCUCCUCCGGACUGCAGUACGAUGAGGAAACUCUGAGGUGGCAUUACUCCGACGUCCACUUCACGCUUUCCUUGGCUGUUGCCAGAGGGUUAGCCCAUGAGCAGGUAUCCCCUUGAGUGUGAUUCUGUUUUCACCCAGAUCUCUGCUGCCUGGACAAAUGCAUACAAAUGCAUUUAGGAGCUCAACGGACAAGGAGUGGACACGUUUCCGCGGCAGCAACGUGGAACUUCAUCCUGCUCCUGUCAGUAUGCUCAGCAGUAAUCUCUGGAGAAGAAGACUACCUAGCUCAAGGAGUGGAUAUCCUCUCUCGAUUGGGGCUUACAGCUCAAAGCAACGCAGACAAUCCCUACGAGAGGACAAGCUCGCCUUCGACUACUCACACCACUGUUUCCGAAUAUGGGGUAUUACUCGACUCAAACUCCCUCUAUGAGGCUCCAGCAGAUAGUCUCUUCCCACCGGAGAUUGGUGAAGAGUUGUCUGUUGUGGUUAGCCUAAGCUCCUGGCGAGCAAACAAUGCUUUUCUUUUUAGUGUCAAAGAUGGCAGGGACAGGCUGCGUUUUGGCAUUCAGCUGCUGCCACGCAGAGUGGUGGUUUACACUGCUGAAAAAGCCCCCAUCUACUUCACCUACAACUGGCAGGAUGGGCGCCAGCACCCUUUUGCUAUUGGCAUCCGAGCACGCUCAGUGUCCUUCUAUGCGGAUUGUGGGGCGGUACAGCAGCGGGAGCAGACCCUGGGGAGAUCUCAGACACUGGGGGAUUCUGGGGGUCUCUUCACUCUGGGGAGGAUGAACUCCAAAGCGGCACCAUUCAAUGGUCGAGUCUGCCAACUCGAUAUCUAUCCCUCAGCCCAAGCUGCCGCUCACUACUGCAAGUACCUUAAAACACAGUGCCGGCUGGCCGACACUUACCGAUUGCCUUUGCCACAUCCUGGUUUGGAUAUUGAGGCAAAUAACCCUCCUUCUAACUCCUUAGCAAAGUCCCUUGUUGGAGUAGCCGCUACCCAUCAUAGCCCCAUCAAAACCACAGCAGCUUUCAAACUGUCCCCUGGUAGUUUGGUCACACAGUACUCAACUCUGAGCCCAUCAGUACAGCCUCAUAUGGGGGACCAGAGCCACAUUUCCACAUUGGAUCCCCUUGCCCAUUCCACCACAUCCUUGCUUCAGCCUGAUGGCCCUACCUUAACCACCCUGAGUGGACAAGCAGCUCUGGAUCUCUCCCAUAGCUCAACGGUCACCACUAUGAAAAAUAUGUUGGCAAAAGGGAGUAGCCCCCAGGGGGACACCGAUCACUCUGAAAACAGCACAGAGGAAGAGAGCAGCUCUGGGAACCUGCAGAAUCCAGAUGCCACCACCGGUCUGAUUUCCCCAGUCAGGCAAAGCCGAGUGAAGGAAGGACUCAGGAACAACUCCAUCACCAGCUCCAGGGACUCGCACUUUGUGCCCCAACAGACUCAUCAUCUUGUGGAGACUGAUCUGAGAGCCAACGGCACCACUUUGUACCGGGAGAAUCAGGUGGACACCUCAGAACAGCAUGAUCUGGAUGGCAGCUAUGAUGAUAUAGACAUGGGAGGAUAUGAUUAUGGAUAUGAGGAGCCAGACUUCUUAUAUGACUACGAAUAUGGUUUCCGUGGCCCCAAGGGAGAGCCAGGUCCUAUGGGUCCUCCUGGUCCCCCUGGUUUACCUGGUCCUCCGGGGAAAAGAGGUUCACGGGGUCCCACUGGCCCACAUGGAAACCCAGGACUCCAUGGACUACCUGGACCCAAGGGUUCAAAGGGAGACCCUGGGCUGUCUCCAGGCCAGGCUCCACCAGGAGACAAGGGAGACAGAGGUCCACCAGGUCUGCCUGGGCCAGAUGGAUUUCCAGGUCUACUGGGUCCUAAAGGUUAUCCAGGGCCACUCGGACAGCCAGGAGAACAAGGCAUACCAGGACCUCCUGGGGAAGCUGGGGCUGCAGGUUACCCUGGCAGGCAGGGCUCAGCGGGACCACAAGGUAACCCAGGUCCUAAAGGUGUCCGUGGUUUCAUUGGGCCUCCUGGUGUUGCUGGGCCACUGGGUCUGGAGGGGGAGAAAGGCAUUCCUGGUCCUGUUGGAAAACCUGGUCCCAAAGGAAGACACGGUGUGGUAGGUGAUGUUGGAGAGAGGGGGCCUCCUGGUCCUGAUGGCAAUGAGGGGCCUGUUGGUGGAACUGGCAUUAGCGGCUUUCCCGGCCUGAGGGGGGACCCAGGGCCUGAGGGACUGCGAGGACUGCCUGGUAUGGUGGGACCUCAGGGCCCAGCAGGACGAGCCGGCCUGCCUGGAUUGAAAGGUGAUAAGGGUGAAGUGGGACAAAGGGGCGACCCAGGAGACACGGGGUACCAAGGCGAUAAGGGCGCUGCUGGUGCACCUGGUCCUACUGGGCCAAGAGGGAAGCCAGGACCACCGGGUAAAAUUGGUGAGAUGGGGCCACAAGGACCACCUGGGCCUCCAGGACCAGAGGGGUUUCCUGGGGACAUUGGAGUACCAGGGCCCAACGGUCCACCUGGACCAAAGGGCCUGCAGGGCGCCAGAGGGCCCCAAGGCCCACCGGGGCCACAAGGAACACAGGGUGACGAAGGACCACUUGGCCCAAAUGGCAGUGCUGGCCCUACUGGGAGAUCUGGAAGGAAAGGCUACAUAGGUGAACCUGGCCCAGAGGGAUUAGAGGGAGAGAAAGGGGACAUGGGAAAUGUUGGAAAAACUGGACCACAAGGUCCACUAGGCCUGAUUGGAAUAGCUGGAGUGAUAGGAGUUCCCGGUGAAAAGGGCGACCGUGGACCAGCCGGUCCAACAGGUCCAGUUGGGGAGAAGGGGCCAAGGGGCUAUCCAGGAUUGCCAGGAAGUCCAGGGGACAUCGGCAUGCAAGGUGCACCUGGUCCACAGGGGCAGAGGGGCAGUCCCGGCAUCGCUGGGUCGAAGGGCAGGAGGGGGCCGCAGGGUCCAGAUGGCCCACUGGGAGAACCGGGCCCCGAGGGCCCCAAGGGUGAAAGAGGUGACGCUGGACAAAAAGGAGAGGCAGGAUUCAUAGGCAAGGCUGGCAGUCCAGGAGAGAGAGGCCCUCCUGGGAAGCAUGGCAAACCAGGUAGUCCAGGCAGCACGGGGGAGAAGGGACCCCACGGUGAACCAGGACCCAAAGGACCUCCUGGAGAGGCUGGACCUGAUGGAGAGCAAGGGCCUGAAGGUGGGCCUGGUGCAGAGGGGGAACCGGGUGCCAUUGGAGAGCCGGGGUUAAAGGGUGAUGUUGGGUCUCCAGGAGCUGAAGGGGAGCAGGGACAGGAGGGAACAAGAGGUCCUCCUGGUCCUCCUGGUGAAGAUGGCCCUCAAGGAAAAGACGGAGCCAAGGGGGAGCCUGGUGAGCGUGGGCCAAUUGGAGAGCCAGGAGAUAAAGGAAUAGAAGGGGACCCAGGGCCCCCAGGAUCACCUGGAGAGCCUGGGAAACAGGGCUUUCGUGGGCCAGAAGGAAAACUAGGGCCUCCAGGGAACAGAGGGCGACACGGCAAGAAGGGAGAGAGAGGUCCUCCAGGUCUGGCCGGUGAGGUUGGCACACGCGGAGACAUCGGCCAACCAGGCGAGCCGGGGCUGAAAGGAGCCAGGGGAACUCGAGGCACACCAGGUCGGCCUGGAGUCAUGGGGAUAGAAGGGCAGCCAGGACUGGCAGGAUACACAGGUCACCCUGGCAAGCCUGGGCCCACUGGACCACCAGGGCCUAAAGGGGAAAAGGGUUAUCCAGGCGAAGACAAUAAGACCCCAGGACCACCAGGGCCCUUAGGUGAACCAGGGCCCCCAGGAGAACGAGGAGAGCGCGGAGAGCCAGGGGAUGAAGGAUAUCAGGGCCAUGCUGGUACCAUCGGAUCUCGUGGAGCUAUUGGACCACAAGGCCCACCGGGAUCACCAGGCGUCCCUGGAGAACCAGGCCCAAAGGGAGAGAUAGGUGCACCGGGCUCAGCAGGAAAGAAAGGAGAAAGGGGGCUGAGUGGAUCUCCUGGCAUUGAAGGCCUGAUUGGCUUACCUGGACUAAUGGGAAUGAAGGGCUACCCAGGAGCGGAUGGUCCCCCAGGACUGACCGGUUUACCAGGAUUUCCAGGAAAACAAGGACGACAGGGUCAGAGAGGCUUGAUGGGACAAGAGGGACCUGUUGGACGUCCAGGAUCCAGGGGAGAGGUUGGACUUCCUGGACCACCUGGAGAAAGAGGACCGUCCGGUCAGAAGGGAGAACUGGGACUGCCAGGGGACAGGGGAGCCUCGGGAAGCAAAGGCAUGGAGGGGACUACAGGUGACCAGGGCAGGAAAGGUGACCUCGGACCCAAAGGACAACCAGGGGAAUCUGGAGAUCUGGGAAUGGUUGGUUUACAGGGCUUUCCAGGGCCGUCGGGGCCUAAUGGUGAUUUGGGAUUGAGAGGCAUCCCUGGCCCAAAAGGCCCAAUGGGGGCUCUGGGAUUCACUGGACCUGUCGGCCCUGAAGGAAUGAUGGGCCCAGUGGGAAAACCCGGGUACAGGGGUCCAAAGGGAAACAGUGGCGAAAUGGGGCCUCAAGGACCACAAGGAAGUCCAGGACCCAGAGGACCUCCUGGUGCUCCAGGUCCCACAAGGCAGAUAUAUGAUGACUCAGCAGUCUACGGUCUAUCUGACUCUAACGCUGAGCUCAGGACGGAGAGUUUCCAGAACACAGAGAUGGGCCUGCCAGACCAGAAUACUGAGAUACUCAAGACUCUUCGUUAUUUAAGCAGUGUGAUUGAGAGCAUCAAAAAGCCUCUGGGCACGCGGGAGAACCCGGCUCGUGUCUGCAAAGAUCUGCUCGACUGUCAUCAAAACCUCAAAGAUGGUUGGUUCUGGAUUGAUCCAAACUUGGGCUGUACUUCUGAUGCCUUCAAGGUCUUCUGCAACUUUACUGCAGGAGGGCAGACCUGUUUACAUCCAGUAGCCUCUAAUAAGAUGGUGUUUGGUGUAGGGAAAGUCCAAAUGAAGUUUCUCCAUUUACUGAGUACCGAGGCCAGCCACAGCAUCACAGUCCACUGCCUAAAUGAUUCUCCCUACGACACCACAGACAGCUUCAGCUCCGCUGGAUCCAUACCGCAGGACAGCACUACACUUCGGUUUCGUGGCUGGAACAAACAGAUGUUUGAGAAAGACACACUACUUGAACCACAUGUGCUACAAGAUGAGUGCAAGAUCCAAGAUGGCAGCUGGCACCAGUCACGUUUCUUCUUCCAUACUCAGGACAGUCGUCAGCUACCUAUUGUAGACAUACAGGAGUUUCCCACAUCACAGCCCGAUAGUCAGCGACAUAUAGAAAUCGAUCCAGUCUGCUUCCUCUGACACCAACAUCACCGCUCAUGUAGCCUAUUUACAUGAGCUACUAAAAUACAAGGCUGUCUACCAAAGAGCGAGUGUCCAUCAGACUUUGCCACGGAAACCGUUAAUGGGACCUGUUGGACAGCAUAUGUCCCAUCGAAGGCAGGUCUGCAUGGAAGAACUCAAUCUCUGCGGAACAUCCAGGCCAAGAAGGCCAAAGGAGAGCAGUGUAUACCAGUAUUUAUCGAUAACUGUGUAAAGUUUGUUUUGUUGAUAAUUAUUAGUCGAAUGGUGCUUAGGUUGCUGUAUAUGGACCGAUAUUACUCCCUGAUCACAGGGUAGGGCCUCACUAAGCAGCAGCCUGUCCAAACCCUCAAACACACCCAGACCAUCCUAAGCAGAGGCUUAACCCGAAGGAGCGUGCCAGGCCUCUACAUAGGAGCACUGUCUAACUAAAGGUUUUUUAUGAGUGCAAUAGCAUGUGGAUAAUGUGUGACUGCUUUAAAUAUUUCAUUCUCUGAUCAAAGGCUAUAUUUUACAUUGUUUUCAUGAUAUUUUUGUCUUUGGUCCUUCCCAGUUGGACCUGCACAUCUCGACAGAUGGUGCUCUACCUCUACCUGCUCAUUUGCUUUCUAGAAUAGUUGCUCAUGUCAAGUUAGUCUUUUUUUUUUUUUGCCUUUGUGUUGUAUGUACCGGUUACAUCAAGAUUUGUUAUGUUGUAUAAGUACUUAUGUUGAUUUGGUCAUUUCUAAUUUAUGAACCAUUUUUUUGAUACACUACAUAUUUUUUGUAGCCUCGCCUUCUAUGUGGUAGGUUCUUCAGGGGAAACCUAUCAUUGGUGCUGCAACAGAGAAUGAGUCAUCAGUGAGUUUUUACAUUUCCUGUGUAUAUAUUGACAGCAUACUGUAUGUUUAUUUAUAUCCUUUCUGUUUUUUGUUCACAUUACUGUACCACAGUAAGUUAUACUCUCAGAGAACUAUUUGGUCAACCACAACUCAGUCUAAAGAAGUAUUUAUGUUUUAAAGGUGUGUUUGUGUGUUCACACCUGUGACUGUAUGUGUAUCAUACUGUUAUUUCAGUUAAUUCAGUGGUGGUUAGGUGGACUGGCAGCUACCGUGGGCCAGAGCCAGAAUACACAGAAAACACAGUCAUCAUAUUCUUAAGUUAUAUUACCUUGAACAAAGUGUAAUUAUAUAAAGUUUGUGGAGGAUACGGUUAGAUGCAAAUGUGUAAAUAAUAAAU